CUUACUCCAAACGCUCACCGGUUCUUAAAUUGUUUUGUUAAUAUUUGUGAAAAUCUGAAAAUCAACCCUUCCCUUGAGCUUUUCCUCCACAUGUACGAAGUCUUGCCCGGGACUAGUAACUGCCCGGGCUUCGUCUAUUUCCAUUCCCGCAAUAAGAGGGGGUUUGUGACCGGUCUUCCCCCCAGCCAUAAGAGAUGGAAACAAAGAUUCGUUUUUAUUGAGUUUCCCUCUGACCAAUUUCCUUUCACUAACCCCGAGUGGGCUGACCGGGUAAUAAAACCUGAAAGGGUUCACCCGGAGCCUACCCCUGAGCUUGAAGAUGCCUGCGAGAAACUUCUCAAGGGUGAUCCUGUGUCCGGUAAGCCAUACGCCUACGGUGGAUGGGUAUACCGGUUACCUAACCCGGAUGGGGGUGAAUCUGCGACCCAUGACGCAGAAGAUGACCGGGCAGACUCCCCGGAUGGUCAUGCUGAGGCCAGUUCUCCUCGUCCAGACAUGAACUUCAACAGGAUGACCACCAUCAUUGAGGAUGAUGACGAUGAUGUCCAAGUCCUCAACUCCAACCGGUCUCCUCUCUCCAAGCCUCCUUCUCCUCCUUACUUCCCUGAAAUGGAUGGGGCCACAAGCCAAAGGGAAGGGGACCGGUCAUUCUUCUUCUCAGAAAAGGAAGAGUUCCCACAAGACUUCCAGGGGGAGAGGAGGAAGAAGGUCAGGUUAUCAGAUCUAGAAGGGGAGUCCAUUGAAGUGACCUUUUUAUCCCUGGCCCAGAAACUCAGCAAGGUUGGAGUUCUAUCCGAAGAAGUUGGCCGGUCACUCCUGGAGUCCAAGGACCAGGUCUCCGAACUUACCCUCCUUCUUGAUUCUGCCAAGUUGGAGAUCAAUGACCGGGCCGAGAGGGAGAAGAGACUUGAAGAGGAGCUGAAGGAAGAAAGGGCCAGGCUAGACGAGGAAAGAGCCAAGCUAGUGGAGGAGAAGAGAAAGGUGGCUGAGCUAGAGGAAGCUUUGGGACAGGCUGAAGAAUCUGCCCGGGCAAAGGAGCAGUCUUUUCCUGAUGAUGCUGCAACUUGGGCCGCUUGCCAUCACACCGAAGUUGCCCGGUCUGUUCUCACCAAGCCGGAGGAUACCAUGGAUUUUUUCAAGACCAUGUACAAAGAACCGGAGGGCAUGAGGAUGAUAACUGAGAUCGGGUCAUACGGCUUCCAGUGUGGCCAGAAGGAUGAGAGGUCCCUUCUCUAUGCCAGGCUCCAGAAAAGGGACCCUUCGUUUGACCCGGCCAAGAUGAAGCUUCCUCCUUUGUACAAGGAAGAGCCAGCCCCCCCUUUCCCUUUGCAGUAGGUUAGGGUAGAUAAUGAAAACACUCUGAAUUU